AUGCCUUGACCUCUUGUCCGUUUCCGUUUGGCCGCCUGACGCCUGGGGCACCCCGUGGCUGGUGUUGCCCCUGUGGCGAGUGUCUGGAGUGGCUGGAGAGUGCACGUGGCUGGGCCUCCCGCCUUUCCCGUUUCGGACGGAGACGGGUCGCGGACGUCGUCGGCCUCAGCUUCGUCCACUUCAUCGCCAUCUUCCCUCCGGUGCCUCUGCGGUGUCGACGUUGGUCUCGGAUGAUAUGAUUGAUAUGGCCCUUUUGUAAUUCUUUCACCUACUUUGGCCUUCUUGACUCUCCUCUCUUUCCUUCCCUUUGUAUACCCAUCCAGCGAACGGACACGUCUCCCGUUGUCUCCUUAUCGAUUAGAUCGACUCUGUGAUCUCACGUCGCGCAUUCGUUCUGCAUUCGGCUAUCGCCCCUGUACAUCUACGACCGUAUUGUGACCGACCACCUAUCUCAUUUCCCCGCUUGACAUCAUCUACAACCUCCUGCACCAUGGCCGGUCCCUCUAUUCAAGAUCGUACGGGCGAGUUCCAGGCCAUUCUGGGACAAGCCCAGAAGCGCAUGGCCUCCAACAAAGCUGGGGCCCAGCGCCAGGCACUGUUGUCGGAUGCUCAGCGGAAACAAGCCAAUGGUUCCGCCGAUGGAUCGGGUGGCAAGAGACGGUCGGAGUUUGCCAGGCGAGCGGUGGAAAUCGGACGAGGCAUCACCGCGACGACGGCGAAGUUGCAGCGACUGGCCGAGUUGGCCAAGCGAAAGACGCUCUUUGACGACCGACCGGUUGAAAUUUCCGAGUUGACGUUCGUCAUCAAACAAGAUCUCGCCUCGUUGAAUCAGCAGAUUGCCUCGUUGCAAGCGCUCACGCUUUCGCAACAUCCGAAGAGCAAUCGGCCCAAGGCCGACCAGGAAGGAGAGCAUAAUGACAAUGUGGUGGUCAUGCUACAAGGGAAAUUGGCCGACGUGGGAGCAAACUUCAAAGAUGUUCUGGAAGUGCGAACGAAGAACAUUCAGGCUUCGCGAUCCAGAACCGAAAAUUUCGUCUCGUCGGUAUCCUCAAAGACACAGUCCGCCCUCGAUACACAACGCUCCGAUUCGCCGCUGUACAACACCUCCGGACGGAGGACGCCCCAACCGGGCGGUGCGUCAGACCUGCUCACCCUGGAACCCUCGAACCCGUCACCUCUUGGUCGCCCGUCUAUACAUUCUGACCAGCAACUCUUGGUCAUGGAGGAAGCGCAGACGAGCAAUGCGUACAUCCAAGGACGCGGCGAGGCGAUCGACGCGAUCGAACGGACCAUCAGCGAACUGGGCGGUAUCUUUGGGCAGCUGGCCCAGAUGGUCAGCGAGCAAUCCGAGAUGAUCCAGCGGAUAGAUGCCAACACGGAGGAUGUGGUGGAUAACGUGCAGGGGGCGCAUCGCGAGCUACUGAAGUACUGGACGCGGGUAUCCGGGAACCGGUGGCUCAUCGCCAAGAUGUUUGGCGUUCUAAUGAUUUUCUUCCUUCUCUGGGUGUUGAUAUCGGGAUAGAAACACCUUCCUUCUACUAUAAUGUAUUAAUACUGGUUCGUGUUCGUCCUGCUGCGCUGAACGAAUAAUGCAACCGUUGCUGUCGCUUAGCCUUGCAUUCUUGAGCUACCCCUGGUGGCUAGAUCUGUGAUGAUCUUUUACUAUCUACUUAUGCUUCGGAUGGUCUGAUGUGAAUAACGGUCAUGAUUGACUUAGAUCAAUAUACCAUUACUAUGACAUUGCGUAUAGCCCGGUGAUGUUGCUGUGAAUCAAGCAUAGUGAUUCUUUAAUCCCUUCAAUUGGCACCAUUCCAGGAGAAUACCAUUCACCUCGUACAGUUAU